CGUGUGUUAAAAUCGUACGGAACACGAAUCACAUCUUAAAGCGAGAUCUCUCAGUGCCUCGCGAAGGGCCGAACAAACCACAUGUGCGAGAGGGAAGGAGUUUCGUGUGUGGACAAUCUUAGUAUAACGUGUGUGUAAUUACGAGAGAUGAUGUCGUUUGUUUGGAUAUUUUACAUCUGCAUGAUUGGCGCUCAAGCCAUGGCGAACCGUGGCUUCCGAAGCUACCCGACGAAGGUGAAAAUCUACGAGCACGAGUCGGUUUUGCUGCCUUGUUACGUGGAGGAUCAGGGCGCGCAAACUAGGGUGAGAUGGUGGCGAGAGGAGAUCCUCCUGGCUGACAGCUUUGAGCAGGAGCUGCAGUCGUCCGAAAGAAUCACCCUGUAUAGCAACGGCAGCCUGCGGGUCCACCACGUGCAGAGGGAGGAUAGCGGGGAGUAUGUAUGCCAGGCGAUCCGACCCUCUCCUUGGGGACACGUUACGCAAGUACACGAGAUCGAAGUGAUGUAUUCACCGAGCGUGAAGACGAUUCCAGCAUCUGGCGAGUUAGAGAUCAAUCUCGGGGAAACGGUGGACAUGCAAUGCGUGACGAAGGGUGUACCGGCCCCUGUCAUAAGUUGGAGGACGAAGGAUGGAGAAAUCCCGUUAUUGGAUGUCAGACCGCAAUUGAGAUUUCACGCUGACAAUCGGAAUCUUUCCGGUAGGUACACUUGCGUCGCUACUAAUGGAGUCGGCGAUCCCGCCGUGGCGCAUAUAGACCUGCGUAUUAGAUACAAACCAGAAAUUUACGUGAAGAAGCCAUGGGUGCACGCCUAUCCGGGAAUACGAGUACAAUUGGAAUGCACGGUAACCGCUUUUCCUGAGGCAAAGGUUGAAUGGUAUUUCAAAAACGAGACGAUGAAAUACACAUCGCGGAUAGUGAAGCAUAACGUCGGGAACGAUCACAGUCUCUUGAUAAGGAAUGUAAAGGCGACCGAUUACGGUUCCUAUCUCUGCAGAGCAUCAAACUCGUUAGGAAUCACCGAGAAGAUCGUCGAGCUAUCGGAGCUUGCAAAUCCAGCGAUUUUCAAAAAAGAAUCGCGUAGCACGUCCGGCACGUCAUACAACUUCAUUUGGGAGGUCGACAGUUACAGCCCCAUUAUCGAAUACCAGUUUUGGUUUCGUAAAUACAGGAGAGGGGGUGGUGGCGAAUGGCAUAAAUUGUAUAUACCUGGCGAUAGCGACGCUGUCAGCCCCGUGCACACUCGUUCUUUCAACCUAACGGGCCUGGACACGGCAACCCAUUACGAGGCCGUCGUUUUGUCCAGAAAUCGUUACGGAUGGAGCCAUCCUUCAGAAAUACUGCGUUUCCACACCGAAGCCAUCAAUUCCAAUGAAAAUUUCAAGUUGGACGGUGACGAGGAACAAAACAAAGUUGCAGUUAUACAACUCGCAUCUAUGUCGCAGCAUUAUCCUUUGGCAACAGAUGCAAAUGGGUCAGCGUAUAAUAGAGUGACGGUUUUAUCAUUGAUCUUAAGUAGCCUUUGUAUUCUCAUUAUAACAAAUGGCAAUAGAUAUUAAAUAAUAUUGUACAAAAUACAAAAAGAAAUAAUGUAAAGUCAGCUGUUGUAAUUUAUGCGCAUAUAUAAUUAUUGUUAAAAUUGCCAUUGUUCGUCAUUAUAAUUGCGUAUCGCAUCCAUCAAUCAUCCUGAUGAAUAAAGAUAUUAUAUGAUCAU